ACUAGAUUUGCCCACUAGUUGCACCUUGUGCUCUAUCGCGUAAACACCGAGAAGAACCUUAUUUACAAUUGGUUCUUUAUCUUUAUGGUUACUUAAAGCUCCUUGUUCUUGAAGUUACAAUUCCCUGGAGCAUUGCAAAUAAGGCUGGAGCUUUUAUCCUCGAAGCUUGGUUUGUCUUUUUUAUAUUGAGAUCAAACAUGCUUCGCGCUGCCUUUAAAUCUAAAACCCCCAAAGAUGGUGGAGAGAAAGUUUUACGUAGUUCAGGAACAAAAGAAAUAGGAGACGAACUCCAGGAUGACUCUCUGGAGGUCACAUUUGAGCAAGAAGCCAACUCAGAAAAUAGUUCUGUUUCUCUGACGGAUUCUACUGCAAAUAAUACACCGAACGAGGGCAAAGAAGGAGAAUAUUCGGACGACCUUGGAUCACCCAUUUCUGCUACAAGUCCAAUUAAAGACAAGGAUUUCCCUUAUACGGAGAGAGAUAUCUACGAAAUGCAACUGGUGCAGUUACAGGAACAGUUGGUAGCUACAAUGAUAGAGGCACAAGAAAAAGACGAACAACUACAAAAGUUUUCCUCCAUUGAUGUUGACAAGUUGUACAAAGAGCUUGAACACGAGAGAAAAAGAAGUGCUGAUUUGGAGGAAAAGGUCAAGAUAUUAAAGCACAAGAACAACAACAAAUUGUACAGGAAGAAUGCAAGCAAAGCUGACCCUAGAAGCAAGGGAAGUAACAGACAUUCAUGGCAUUCAGGGGCAGAAGGAGAAGAUUGGGUUGAUCUAGGGACAGAGCAGGAUGAUAGUGAAGGAGCAGAGCAUAAUUCAUUGCCUGUGGCUGACAGCACAUCAGGUCCAAUCUCUGGGCCAUCAGAUGAAAUACAGCCUGGUCAGAAGUCUAGUGGUGAAUCAGAGAAACAGAAGAUUUCAAAGAUUGCAGAUUACAAGAAAAUAAUUUUGGAAAUGCUUGUUGACAGAUUAUGGGAUUUCGUUAAUGAUGAGCCUGAAACAGAUGCCUGCCAGGAAGAUGAAGGGGAACCCCUAUCUGUUAAAAAUCUGAAGGAGAAUAUCAACCGAUUCAGUAAUGGCAUUUGUCCUAUCACCAGUUUUGUGAAGGCUGUGAACAGACUUGUGAGCUGGUCCAAUGGAACAGCAUCUUUUAUGGCAUUUAUGAUCUACAUGUUUGCUGCUCGAUACGGCUACCUUCUCUCCUUGGUGCUACUCCUGUGCAUCGGCAAGCUGUUCAUGAAUUAUCUUCAUGCCAGGGGAAUUGCCUCACAACUCGGAUUUAAGAAGAAAACGAAGGAAGAGCCUCCUUCUGAUGAUAAGAGUUGGUCAGACAAGUUCCAGCUAGUUCUUCAAGUCGCCAGAAGAGUACAGGAUAUUUUAGGACAGAUGGCUGAUUCCCUGGAGAAGUUAAGAAAUCUGUUGACAUGGCAGCACUCUGCGACCAAGACACUUUUCACCUGCCUCUGUCUGGCAUUCAUAGGUUCAGUCUUCUUGCAAGGGACAACGCUUUUCAUGUUCAUUGCACUAUUUUUUGGUAUCAAGAUGUUCAUAAUAAGACCAACGUACAUACGCUUCCCCAAGGUCAAGAAACGAUACGAUGGUCUCGCACGAACGUGGGCCGAAUUGCCUACGGAUGCUGACCUUCUUUCCACGCUUAAAAAAGAGGUCCUCUCACGAGACUCGAUCAAUUCAAGCAGCACAUCAGAUGUUACAACCAACCAACUCCAAGGAUCACAAAAUGCUUCUUCACGGAGCUUUAUUAAUUUGUGUGAGCGAUUGAAGAUUCCAACGUCUGAGGCACCGCUACCUUCAUGGGAAGAAGGCCGACAUUGUUUUCUGGUUGAUAAGGACAAGCCCUUUACCAACUCGAAGCAGGGGAAACUCUACCUCACACAGAGCUAUCUGUGUUUCGAGAAACCAAAGUCUAGUUCCUCCAAGCAUAUCGCUAUAAAGCUGGAAAGUAUUGUUCGCUUAUCAAAGUUCAAACCUAUUGGAAUCAUGCCAGGGACUGGGAUGUCCAUUGAAGUCGAAGUAAAGAAUGUGGACAAGCCAUACAUCUUUGGUGCGAUGAUGGGUCGAGACGAAGUGUAUGACAGUAUCAUGAACACGGCGAAGACUACUGGCUUUCCGUGGGCUACAUGACUGCGAUCAUUGACGUGCCAGACUAUUAAUAAAUUAAAAAGCUGUGGGAACGCAAGCUCCUUUGACCUCUCUGGGGCGAGUGUUUUCGCCGUAAUUUGUUGUUAAUAUUUGCUCCUGUCGUGCUAUACAGUGGGUGGCUCUUGCUAAAAAUUCGAGUUUGAAUAGUACGCCAAGGGAUAUAGCCAGCGUUAGCUGACAGACAUGUUUUAGGAUGUCAUUGUUUGGGUGUCAGGGCAUUAGCUUUUGUUGUGUACAUCUUAUGUUUAGCUGAAGUGGCAGGAUACUGAUCCUUUAAUGUAUUUAAUAAUGAAAAUGGGUUAUAUUUCUUAGGUGAAAUAAGGUCAUAUGAAGCACAAUACAAAUUGUACACAUA